AAUUUUGGAAAAUUGUUUUGUUUGUUGUGUUGAAACUAGCGAUACGUUUACGCGAUAGAAAUGUCUACAAAAAUAAAUAAGGAGUGCAUUAUCGACAUGAGACCUGAUCGCGAAAUUCGCAAAACAAUUAUAUCCCCGGGCGACUACAAUUUAGUACCCUACGAGGACGCUCGAUGCAAGAUCAGAUUGAAAAAUGUGAAAUGUGUAAACGGAGCGGGCACCGUCGAUUUCGCAUCGGACAGCCGCAUAUUCGGUCCCUCAUUCGACGGGAACGUGAUCAUCGGGGAGAGCGACUGCUUCAUCGACAGGGACAUGGAGCUGAUACUGCAGCAGAUGUGCUGCGGGGAGAUCUGCAGCGCGCGCCUCACGUACAAGAACGGCAUAGGGACGCUGAUGAAGGACGUAGCGUGCGUGAUCGAGCUGCUGGACGUGACGGAGGAGCAGCUGGUGAGCGACUGGAGCUGGGCGCGCCUGUUGGAGUCCGCCGUGCACCACAAGGAGCGCGGCGUGCAGCUCGUCAAGGACAAGCGGAUAGUGGACGGCUUCCGCCGGUUCAGCAGGUCCCUCAAGAUGGUUGUCGCCAUCGAGCCCGUCAACAAGCAGACUAUAGACGAAGAGAGAGUUAAGGAAAUAAAAGAUUUAAAGAUGAAACUAUACAACAACCUAGCUCAUUGCCAGUUACAAUUCCAAGAGUAUGGUGCAGCUCUAGAACUGUGUAGCAGGGCCCUGUCGCAAGACCCGGAUAACCUGAAAGCUCUAUACCGAAGGAGUAUCGCAUACAGCGGCCUGCACAUGUACGAGGAGGCCUGGGGAGACAUCCAGCACGCCCUAGCAAUAGACCCCAACGACAAGGCCUCUCAGCUUAAAGCUAACGAGAUCAGGCCUCAGACAAUGGAGUCCCUGGAGUCUGGUCGCGGCGUGCAGGUGGUGACCCCGGGGGAGGAGCACACGUUCGCGCUGGACGAGGCGGCGCUGGAGGAGCUGCUGCUGCGCGAGGACGUGCGCGAGCGCACCGCCGUCGUCGUCUCCGUCGCCGGCGCCUUCCGCAAGGGCAAGUCCUUCCUGCUCGACUUCUUCCUGCGGUACUUGCACCAUAAGUACGUGUUGAACGGCACCGGCGAGUGGCUGGGGUCGGAGGAGGAGCCCCUGCGCGGGUUCAGUUGGCGCGGCGGCUCCGAGCGCGACACCACCGGCCUGCUGCUGUGGUCGCAGCCCUUCAAAGCCACGCUCGACAACGGGGAAAAGGUGGUGAUCUUCCUGAUGGACACACAGGGGACGUUCGACAGCGAGUCGACAGUGCGCGACAACGCCACCGUGUUCGCGCUGUCCACGAUGCUGUCGUCCGUGCAGAUCUACAACCUGUCGCAGAACAUCGAGGAGGACGACCUGCAGCACUUACAAUUGUUCACGGACUACGGGCGGCUGGCGCAGGCGAGCAGCGGCGGCAAGCCGUUCCAGCGGCUGCAGCUGGUGGUGCGCGACUGGAGCUUCCCCUACGAGCACCCCUACGGCGCCGCCGGCGGGGCCACGCUGCUGGCCAAGAGACUCACGGUGCACGAGGGCCAACACCCCGAGCUGCAGUCGCUGCGGCGUCACAUCACGGGCUGCUUCGACCAGCUCGCGUGCUUCCUGCUGCCGCACCCCGGCCUCGAGGUCGCCACCAGCCCGCACUUCGACGGCAGCUUGAAAGAAAUAAGCCCGGAGUUCAAGACGUCUCUGCAGCGGCUAGUGCCGAUGCUGUUGGCGCCGGAGAACCUCACGCCCAAGAAGAUCGGCGGCCACACGCUGCGGGCCAAGGAUCUGCUGCUGUACUUCAAGUCCUACAUGAACAUCUUCAACGGCACCGACCUGCCCGAACCUAAGUCCAUUUUGGAGGCGACGGCCGAGGCGAACAACCUGACGGCGGUGACGGGCGCGCGCGAGGUGUACGAGGCGCUGAUGGAGGAGGCGUGCGGCGGCGCGCGGCCCUACCUGCCGCCCGACCGCCUGCGCGACGAGCACGCGCGCGCCCGUGACAAGGCGCUCCAUGCCUUCCACGCCAAGAAGAAGAUGGGCGGCGACCACCUCGAGCAGACCUACUGCGACAAGCUCGAGAAGGAGCUAGAAGAGCAGUUGGGGCAGUACCGGGCGCGGAACGAGGACAAGCGGCUGGCGCGGCGGCUCGGCACGGCGCUGGUGCUGGCGGGCGCGGCGCUGGCGGCGUACGCGGCGGGCGCGGCGGCCUCCGCGCUCGGCCUUGCGUCGCUUGUCACCGUUGCCAACGCGCUGCUCACCGCCGCCGUGGUGCUGCUAGUUGUCUGGUUUUACUCGCGGGCAACUGGUACCAUGGCCGAGCUGGCUAUGAAACUCGACGAGAUCGCUGAUCAAGUGAUGCAGCAGGGUCUGCAGAUGGCGGGGCGGCAGGCGGUGUCGGUGGUGCUGGCCGCCACCACCGACGACAAAAAACGCACGUAGUCGCCGAUAGUCACCUGUAUAUACUAUCACUGUACUAUAUCAUGCAUCAAGCGCCUGCAAUUCUCUUGCUCGAAAUCUGAUUGUAAGGAUUUUCCGCUUGCGCGUGAAUGAUUAAAUACGAGCGUGCAAGAGGUCUUGCCUUCUUGGAAAUCUAAAGUGUAAAUACUUACUAAAUAUGACAAUUUAUGUAAUAUUUGCUUGGUUACCUUUGUAAAGAUCCUGAAAAUUGUUGUGGUGCCUUAUCACAUGAAUGUUUUAUAUAACUCAGCAUUUAGCAGAAAAUGUUAUCUAUGUUCUAAGGCGUAAUUUAUAGUAAGUAGUAACUGUUGCAAUAAUAUUUAGUUUGUACCUGACAGUAACACAUUAUGUAUGCGCUAGUCGAAGAGGUCACAGGGCAUAUCUAUUACUUGCCGAUGUAACCAAACCUGUGAGCGUACGUUUUUGUUAUUUUAACAGUUAAUCGACUUCAUUUUGUUUUGAACAUUAACACAUCGACUUAAUUGCAAGUCUUGAAAUAUUGUUGUAUGAAAUGUAUAUUUGAGGAAUAAUAUUUUAUACUGUUAUGCUUUUAUAUUAGAUUUAACAUUUUUGUAUAAUAUUUAACAAAUAUUUUUAUAAUAAAUUGUAAUAACAACUAAUAAUCAAAGAGUUUUAAAGUCCAUCUUUAUGAUCAAAAGUGGUUCAUAAUUCCAAAUGUUCGCUCAGCGAUCGUUUUGACCUUUAGGUAUUAAAAAUCUUAUCUACAAAUAAAAAGUCAGCACUCUGCA